GAAAUGUGACUUGAUUUUAUUGAUUAUCUUACAUAUGAGAGCAUCUUUCUUUUCAUCCCACCUUGACAAAACUCAACAACCACCCCAUCCCCUCCAAUUUAUAUGCUUACACUAACAAAAAAUAUAUGCAAAGUGCAAGAAAACGAUGGGCACAUUGAUCAUGUGCGUCCCUUUAUUACUCUCCCUUGUCUCCUUACUCCUACUUCCCAUCUCCAUAUUCAUUCAAUGGCCAUGGAGAUUCGCCCCACCCCAUCACCCGGGCCCCAUCUCCUAUCCCAUGAUCGGAUGCUUGAUUUCUUUCUACAAGAACCGCCGCCGCCUCCUUGAUUGGUACACCGACUUGCUAUCUGCAUCGCCGUCGCAGACCAUCGUCGUCUCCCGAUUGGGUGCGCGGCGGACCAUCGUCACGGCCAACCCACGGAACGUAGAGUACAUCCUAAAAACCAACUUCACCAACUUCCCCAAAGGAAAGGCGUUCACAGAUAUACUCGGAGACUUUCUCGGCCACGGGAUAUUCAACGUCGACGGCGAUAUGUGGUACAACCAGCGCAAGCUGGUCGUACAUCACUUCACCGCCACGUCGUUGCGGGCGUACGUGGAGAAAGUGCUGAUAAAUGAGGUGGAGAAGAAACUGCUGCCGGCGGUGGAAUCCGCCGCGGCCGAGGGCAGGCCGGUCGACUUGCAGGAGCUGUUGAGGCGGUUCGCGUUCGAUCUGGUGUGUAGAGUUUCAUUAGGGUACAACCCUUGCUGCUUGGAGUACGGCUGUUUGGACGCGCCGCACCCGAUUCUGGAAGCUUUCGAUACGGCGUCGGAUAUCUGCGCGAGGAGAGGCGCGGCGCCGCUGUCGGCGGCGUGGAAGAUUAAGAGGUUUUUGGAUUAUGGGUCGGAGAGGAGGUUGCGAGAAGCCAUUGGGAAAAUCCAUUUGUUCGUAGACGGAAUAGUUGGUGAGAAGAAAAGGGAAAUGAUGAGUUGUUGCAAGAAAGGUGAAGAGAGAUGGGAGGAGAUGGAUCUUGCUUCGAAGAUGGUGUGGGAUGGGAUAGAUGAGGAGGUUGUGAGGGAUACGAUGAUAAGCCUGAUCAUGGCCGGCCGCGACACGACGUCGGCCGCCAUGACCUGGCUUUUCUACCUGCUCUCGUGCCAUCCCCACGUGGAGAGUGAAGUGGCACGGGAGCUGCUGACGGUGCUCCAACGUGGCGACAACACGGGGAGAUUCGAGACGUUGAGGGAGCUGAGGUGGCUCAAGGCUUGCAUUUGUGAGUCCAUGAGGCUAUUCCCACCGGUUGCAUGGGACUCGAAGCAUGCGGUGGCCAAUGACGAGCUGCCAGAUGGCACCCGGGUCCGGGCCGGCGACCGGGUGACCUACUUCCCCUACGGUAUGGGGAGAAUGAAGAGUCUGUGGGGUGAGGACCGGUUCGAGUUUAAACCGGAGCGGUGGGUUUCGGAGGAGGAAAGAGGUAGGAUCAAAGCGUUGAAGAAUUACGGACCCUACAAGUUUUCGGUCUUCCAAGCCGGUCCAAGAGCUUGCCCCGGCAAGGAAAUGGCGUUCGUCCAAAUGAAAUAUGUAGUGGCUUCAAUCGUGGAGCGGUUCGUGAUCAGACCGGUCGUUCCAGACCGGCCGAUUUUCGUGCCCCUCCUUACUGCUCACAUGGCCACAGGAUUCAAGGUGUUAGUUCGUCCAAGACAAUGAAAUGACGUACGCCCGGCACCACACACGAUCAUAAUGUCCAAGAAAUUUUUGCUGAAAUCAGAAUUUCAGUUUGUGAUAUAUAUCAACACAAUAAGUGGACUGUUUUUCUUGAUCAUUUAAUUUUAGCUACCUCCAUUAGCGGCUCAAUAACGCAUAAUGAAUACCUUAAUUUAAAAGGGGUAAAGUGGUGGGUGCUAUGAUCCAGCCCUAUAUUACAUGAGUCUGAGUCAAAUUAGUGGUAGGAUUAUGUGUUGUCAUAAUAAUACAUGGACAAUAGUGGUUUAUAUGUAUGAUAUUGAAGUCCACGAUAUUUGUUAAGUCAUAGCGUAAACAUAUU